CGGCUGGGGGAUGUCCCCGCGGCGGGGGCACUGAGCCGCGCCUCGCCCCGCUGCUGCCCACGGCGGCGGAGGGAAGGCGGCCGGCGGGUGUCGUCGCUCCUGUCCCCUUGGCGCACCGGGUGUGAAGCCGGGGCAGGGCGGAGAGUUUCGCUGCGAGAACCGCGCUGCGAGGGAGACCCGCCGCGGCCGGAGCCAUGUUCCCCCAGAGCCGGCACCCCACCCCGCACCAGGCUGCGGGCCAGCCUUUCAAAUUCACCAUCCCGGAGUCGCUGGACCGCAUCAAAGAAGAGUUCCAGUUCCUCCAGGCGCAGUACCACAGCCUUAAAUUGGAAUGUGAGAAACUGGCAAGUGAAAAGACGGAAAUGCAGAGGCAUUAUGUGAUGUACUAUGAAAUGUCGUAUGGAUUAAACAUUGAAAUGCACAAACAGACAGAAAUCGCGAAGAGAUUGAAUACAAUUUGUGCACAAGUCAUCCCAUUUUUGUCUCAGGAACAUCAGCAACAAGUGGCCCAAGCUGUAGAACGUGCCAAACAAGUGACCAUGGCUGAAUUGAAUGCCAUCAUCGGGGUACGUGGCCUUCCAGGUCUACCUCCUACACAGCAGCAGUUGCAGGCUCAGCAUCUCUCCCAUGGCCACGGACCUCCAGUGCCUCUAACGCCACACCCAUCAGGACUUCAGCCUCCAGGAAUCCCUCCACUUGGAAGCAGUGCUGGCCUUCUUGCCCUCUCCAGUGCUUUGGGUGGGCAGUCUCACUUGGCAAUAAAAGAUGACAAGAAGCAUCACGAUGCAGACCACCACAGAGACAGAGAGCCAGGCACAAGUAAUUCUCUGUUGGUCCCCGACAGUCUACGAAGCACAGAUAAACGCAGGAAUGGCCCUGAAUAUGCCAAUGACAUCAAAAAGAGAAAGGUGGAUGAUAAGGAUUCCAGCCACUAUGACAGUGAUGGGGACAAGAGUGACGAUAACUUGGUUGUAGAUGUAUCCAAUGAGGAUCCUUCUUCCCCAAGGGCAAGUCCCACUCAUUCACCACGUGAAAACGGUAUAGAUAAAACCCGCCUACUGAAGAAGGAUGCUUCCAGCAGCCCAGCAUCUACAGCCUCUUCAGGAAGUUCCACUUCCCUCAAAUCCAAAGAAAUGGGCCUGCAUGAAAAAGCCAGCACGCCUGUUCUGAAAUCCAGCACACCGACUCCUCGAGGUGAUGUGCCAACCCCAGGCACUAGUGCAACUCCAGGACUCCGUCCAGGCCUUGGCAAACCUCCAACAAUGGACCCUCUGGUUAACCAAGCUGCUGCAGGUUUGCGGACACCGUUGGCAGUACCAGGACCAUACCCAGCUCCAUUUGGAAUGGUACCUCAUGCUGGCAUGAACGGAGAGUUAACCAGUCCAGGGGCAGCCUAUGCCAGCCUGCACAAUAUGUCACCCCAGAUGAGUGCUGCUGCUGCUGCAGCUGCCGUGGUUGCCUAUGGAAGAUCUCCUAUGGUUGGGUUUGAUCCUCCUCCUCACAUGAGAGUACCUGGAAUCCCUCCAAAUCUAGCAGGGAUUCCUGGGGGAAAACCAGCCUACUCCUUUCAUGUUACUGCAGAUGGUCAGAUGCAGCCAGUUCCUUUCCCUCCUGAUGCCCUCAUCGGUCCAGGAAUCCCUCGCCAUGCCCGUCAGAUCAACACCCUGAACCACGGGGAAGUUGUGUGUGCAGUUACCAUCAGCAACCCCACGAGACACGUCUACACGGGUGGGAAGGGGUGUGUCAAGGUUUGGGACAUCAGCCACCCUGGCAACAAGAGCCCUGUCUCUCAGCUGGACUGCCUGAACAGAGAUAACUACAUCCGCUCCUGUAAGUUGCUUCCCGAUGGAUGCACUCUCAUUGUUGGUGGGGAAGCCAGCACGUUAUCCAUUUGGGACCUGGCAGCUCCAACUCCUCGCAUCAAAGCAGAGCUGACAUCUUCUGCUCCAGCUUGCUAUGCCCUAGCUAUCAGCCCUGAUUCCAAGGUGUGCUUUUCCUGCUGCAGUGAUGGGAACAUCGCAGUGUGGGAUCUGCACAAUCAGACAUUGGUCAGGCAAUUCCAGGGCCACACAGAUGGAGCCAGCUGUAUUGACAUUUCUAAUGAUGGUACCAAGCUCUGGACAGGAGGUUUGGAUAACACUGUCAGAUCCUGGGACUUGAGAGAAGGGAGACAACUACAACAGCAUGACUUCACAUCACAGAUAUUUUCCCUUGGUUAUUGUCCUACUGGUGAAUGGCUAGCUGUGGGAAUGGAAAGCAGCAAUGUCGAAGUGCUACAUGUAAAUAAACCGGACAAGUAUCAACUGCACCUUCAUGAGAGCUGUGUAUUGUCACUCAAGUUUGCUUACUGUGGUAAAUGGUUUGUGAGUACUGGGAAAGAUAACCUUCUUAAUGCAUGGAGAACUCCUUAUGGAGCCAGUAUCUUCCAGUCCAAAGAAUCUUCAUCAGUGCUUAGCUGUGACAUCUCUGUGGAUGAUAAGUACAUUGUCACUGGCUCUGGAGACAAAAAGGCUACAGUCUAUGAAGUUAUCUACUGAAAAAUAUGAUGGGGAUAUUCUUUUAGUGGUUGAACUGGGCCAAAAUUGUUUGUAGAAGUAGAAAGGUUUUGAAUUUUUUCAAAGGAACAAAAGUGUUGAGGUUCCAGACCUUGCCAUGAAGCUACUCCGGUUUUUCAAAACAGAAGGCAACAUCCAGCAACUAAGUAUUGGCUACGUGGACCAGACGGAACACAGAGGCAAGACGGACAGAUGUAGCCUAGGUUUUUGACAUUAUUUUUAAAAAGCCAAGUCUACUGAAGAAUGUUGGAGCCUUUUAUUUUUUUUUUUCUUUUUGUGACCUCAUGCAAAUUUUUCUCAUUGCCUGAAUAUGGGGGAUAAAUACCUUUCUGUUUCUUGCAUUUCAAGUUGCAUUCUGUCCUGUGUAGAGCAGCAGUGUCUCAGAUGAACUUGUUUCCUGGUUUUGCAUCUUGUGAUAUGUUUUUGUAUUUUUGUUGAAGGUCAAACAUUUGUAUAAAUUGUAAAUAUAUUUAGUUUACUACAGUAAAGGCUUUAGUACCAACAACCAGUCUUCCCCUUUGCCCCCUCCCUGCUUGCCCUGCUUAUUUAAAAUUAAAAACCUUUUGGGGAUAUAAGUACCUUUUUAGAAGCAAAAGCAAACACUAUGUAUAGUUUGAAAAUGGUGUCUUAUUCUUUAUAACUAUUCUUAGAUUCCUUUAUCAUACUUCAAAGUAGUUGAUUUGACAUACUAGGGUAUCAAGUCCAGUAGAUAUUGUCUUGUUCUACAGAAACUUAAAGGCAGUUUUGUACUAAUCAUAGUGUAAAUAUAAAAAUUGAACAUUUCAUAAAGAUGUGCAGUUUAAGUUUAUUCUGAUGUCCCAUGUAUAUGUUUUUUGGCAGAUACAGUAAAUAUGUGCCUGAUCAUAACUCAUUUGGUCAUUUCUCUAGGAGAGGAGGUGACUUCCCUGUCCUUUUUCCCCCAUCUGAACAGAAUUCAUGUGAGACUGCAUUUCAACUAAGUGCAUCAGAGCCUUUAUUCGUUAUAUGAGGAUGUCUGUGAUUAGAUAAGCUAGAUAAAUUGCAUCCUUCAUGUUUUACAGAGAAGUGGUAGUUAAUGACCAUUUCCUUUUUAAAGUCUUGUCUAUACUUAGAUACUCAGGUAAAUUUAACUAAAUUACCAAAAGUAUGAGUUUUACAGGGGAUUGCUUAAAGAUGAUAAAUACUUGCAGGGUUGCAAGUGAAGUGAAUUAACUUAAACUGGGUUAAACUCGCUUCUUAAUUUCUUGUGAAAAUAUUGACAAAGGAAUAUUUUGAUUUUUAACUAAUCCACUCUACAAAUUAAUUAGAAUUAAUCUUCCUGAGUGUCCCAUGUUACACAGGCCUUUAGGCUCUAUGUAUGUAUUCAUGCUGAGCAAUCUUUCAGUCCUUUCCAUUGUCACAUCGCUGUGUGAUAUCUGUGAAGAGCCAUGAUACGCAGCCAGUUACCAAAGCUAUGCAUCUUCAAGUUUUCUUGGUGUACUCAAGAGCAAUGGAUGAGGAGAGAAUGUGUUCACUUUACUUAACUAUUAUUUUUUCAGUCUAAUGUGUUCUACCACUGUGUGCUAGACAACAAACUUUGCUGUUGCACUGGUGAGAGCCAUACAUUUCCUACAUUCUGUAAUUUGGUUAGAAUUUCUGUUGCUAAUGGAGAGUACAGCUGAACAGAAGGGUGUCUUUAAACAGCUAAUUUAGAUUACACAAACUGGCAGACAGAAGAGCUGCUUUCUCAUUUUGCUAGCAUUUGACAAUGGCCUAUGUCCCUGCUCUUUCAAAGACAUGUAGCUAGGAAGAAAAAGUUUGACUAACAGAUGCAUUGAUUGGUUAUGGAAUUUUUCAUCUGGGGGCAAAUUUUAUCUAAGUUUCUAGUCUGAAGAGACACAGGUUUUCUUUUCAAUUUACAUGACCAUUCUACUAAAACCAUUUUAUAGCAUCUAGAACUGUAAUAGCCUUAAUGUGUUAACAUUGCAUUCGGAAUGUAAAAUGUUACCCCUUCAGGAUAAUCUGGUCUCCUAUAACAUUUAAAAUUAGCAUUCUAUCAGUAUGUAUCCAUGUAUAUCUUUGUUGAUUGUUUAGUUGUUAAUUUGUAUCUGUAUGAAAAAGACCAGUUUAGUUGCUGGUCAUGUGGCUUUCAGACAUGGUGGGGCAAAAAGCAGAAUGAUCAGACUUCAAAGAGUUAACUAUAUUUGCUACACUGAAAUACUGGGAAUUGCCAUGCCUUUUUAAAAGGGAAAGUUUUAAAUCAAAAGGAUUUAUGAGAUUACUUGAUUUUUACGAUUUUCAUAUUGAAAUUUCUCUGAACAUCUGGCUCUGGCAGUGAUUGAGUUUAGCAGCACUGGCAAAUUUGCUUUAUUUGGGACCAUUUGGAUUUUUGCCAAACUGCUAUCACCUUGGCUUUUACUUUAUAGGUAUCCUUUUGCUGUUCUCUGAAGUCAAUAUCAGAGGAACCAAGAAUGCAAGUAUUCCUACACGUCCAUAUAAAUAAAAAAAAAAUCUCACAAGUGUAAUUGUAAUAUAUGUUGUGACAUAGUGCUUGCUAGUAAGAUCACAUUCUUGUCAAUCAGGAGAUUAAAAAUCAUAGUGUCAGGAAAAUCACAAAAUACCUUGUUUGCUUGGCUUCUAGAAUGCAAUGUGUCAGAGCAGUUAUGGAAUCAGAAAUUUAUGCAUGUGAAUGAGUUUAAUCAUAUUUGUGACAUAUAUUUUUUGAUUAUAUUUAAGUAAUUAAUUUCUUUUUUUUUCCCCCAUCAUAUCUACUUUAAGCCUUGAGUCUAAAAACUAGUAGAUGCAUCUGAAAGCUUCUGGGUGGAUCAUACAUACUUGUGGAUGAGUAGUUCUCUCCAUUUGCUGUUUCAGAGUUCACUUAAUAUUUAUAAAACAUUGUGAGUUUUUUUCAUUUGUCAGACAGUAAAGCAUAUUCUACUUGCAGAUGUAAUUUUUAAUGAAAAUAUAGAUUUCUUUUAAUGAAAAAAUAGAAGAUAGACACUCCUAGCCUGUCUGGUCUACGCAAUUACCUAAAAGACGUAAAGCUUGUGAAGCUUAAAACUUCUGUAAGUUCUUGUAGCCCUGUGCAAAGUAGUGGGUGUAAAUAAUUGCUUAUUGAAUGAAGAAACAGACCAACCAAGAUCAGCAAUAACAGAAAAGGCACUGGGAAAACCAUAUGGGAAAAAGGAAGUACACCAGUAACUAUUGUGUAGGUUUGUUUUUUGGUUUCUUUUUGUUUGU